AUGGCGCGCGCCCCAAGCACAGCUCCCCUAAACUUCAUUGUCUUCGGCGAGAUGGGCGUCGGGAAGAGCUCGUUGAUAAAUCUCGUUGCUGGGAAGACGCUCGCCAGGUCCUCCUCCGGUUUAAAAUCCUGCACUCUCGAAUCAACCGAGUAUACAAUCGCAUUACCCGAACCCCAGCUUAAUGUCAAAUUAUUUGAUACAGUGGGGUUGAAUAACACUAUAAUGAAUGACAAGAGUUAUCUAGAUGCGCUAGUGAAGGCGCAUAAACUCAUCGCCUCCCUCCAGAACCAAGGAGGUGUACACGGCUUGUUGUUCUGCAUCAAGGGCGGUAACAGAAUAUUAGAAUCUACGCAGCAGAACUACAGGUUGUUCCACGAAUUCCUGUGCCAGGAGAAGGUGCCCCUUGCUCUAGUCAUUACCAACCUCGAGAACGAAGAGAAUAUGGAUGACUGGUGGAUCAACAACCAGGAUGAUAUUAAAGAGUAUGGAAUAGCUCCCGUUACGCAGGUCUGCAUCACUACCAUCAAGGGCCUCAAAAAUGUGAAUGAAGACAAAUACUCGGAAUCCAGGAAGAAAGUAUGUGACAUGCUGGCUACGCUUGGAAGGGGAGAUGCGUGCUCGGUGGAUAUUAACUGGUUUGCGCGGAUGUGCAAGAGGUUGCGACAGUUUUUCAUUCCAGGCAAAGCGUUAGGGAAGAGUCAUGACAAGAUGUUACGGACGCUCACGAAGCGUUGCAAUCUGCCCAAGCAGGAUGCAGUACAGCUUCUUCAAAGGAUUGAAUCGGACGAGGAGAACUAG